CAAAAUGGCGUCGGAGGGCCUGAUCGCGUCCCGCUUGGAGCGCCAGGAGAGGGAGAUUCGUUCCUUGGCGGCCGAGAUCGAGCGCCUCAAGGAGCCCGGUCUGGCCUCCGGCGCCCCGCCGCUUUCCCCCUUCUUCUCCUCUUCCUCCCCGGAGCUGGAGGCUCUGCGGGCCGAGAACGAGAAGCUCCGCUACCGCCUGACCCACCUCCAGCGGAGCCUCAGAGCCGAGCGCGCAUGCGCCAAGGGAAGGCCAGGCCCACAGGAUUUGCCCAGCGCAAAUCUUGCUGCUCACCAAGGGAAACCAAAUAAGGAGAAGAAGAAGAAGAAGAAAGAAGCCCAGGCUGUGGAUGAGCCUAAGAAGGAACCAGAAAAGGAGCCGAGCUUCAUCAAAGAUCGGUUGAAGCUGUAUGAAACCUUGAAGAAGGAGCAUGAUGCACUCCUUGCUUCCAGAGCAUCCACCCAAAGCAAACCGAUCAAGAUCACUCUGGCUGAUGGGAAGGAGGUUGAAGGAGAAUGUUGGAAAACAACACCGUAUCAGAUAGCAUUAGGAAUCAGCCGAGGACUUGCUGAUAAUGCCGUCAUUGCCAAAGUGAAUGGAGAACUAUGGGAUCUAGACCGGCCAAUGGAAGGAGAUGCCACUCUGGAGCUGCUUCUCUUUGAUAGUGAAGAAGCUCAAGCAGUUUAUUGGCAUUCUAGUGCUCACAUCCUUGGAGAAGCCAUGGAAAACUAUUACGGUGGAUGCUUGUGCUAUGGACCUCCCAUUGAGAAUGGCUUUUAUUAUGAUAUGCACAUGGAAAACAGAUGUGUAUCUAGUACAGAAUUUCCCACUCUGGAGAAUAUCUGUAAAGACAUCAUAAAGGAAAAGCAGGCUUUUGAAAGGCUAGAAGUCCGCAAGGAGGUCCUGCUGGAUAUGUUCAAAUACAACAUAUUCAAAUGCCGAAUCCUGAAUGAGAAAGUCGACACGCCAACAACAACGGUGUAUAGAUGUGGUCCAUUGAUUGACUUAUGCAGAGGCCCUCAUGUGAGACACACUGGAAAAAUCAAGGCCUUGAAGGUUUUUAAGAAUUCAUCCACCUAUUGGGAGGGCAAAGCCGACAUGGAAACACUGCAGAGAAUUUACGGAAUAUCUUUCCCAGACAACAAAAUGAUGAAGGAGUGGGAAAAAUUCCAGGAGGAGGCAAAAAACCGGGAUCACAGAAAAAUUGGAAAGGAACAAGAGCUCUUCUUCUUUCACGAACUGAGUCCUGGAAGCUGUUUCUUUCUCCCCAGAGGUGCUUUUCUUUAUAAUACACUCAUCGAGUUUAUCAAAGAAGAAUAUAACCGACGUAACUUCACCGAAGUUGUGUCUCCAAAUGUCUAUAACAUUAAGCUCUGGGAAACAUCUGGUCAUUGGCAACACUAUCAUGAAAACAUGUUUUCUUUUGAGGCUGAGAAAGAAAAGUUUGCCUUGAAACCAAUGAACUGUCCUGGACACUGCCUGAUGUUUGCCCAUCGCCCCCGUUCCUGGAGGGAGCUGCCUUUAAGACUUGCCGACUUUGGGGUUCUUCAUCGGAAUGAACUUUCAGGGACUCUGAGUGGUUUGACUCGGGUUCGCCGCUUCCAGCAGGAUGAUGCCCAUAUUUUUUGUACAAUGGAGCAGAUCGAAGAGGAGAUGAAAGGCUGCCUGAACUUCUUACAGUCUGUAUAUUCUGUGUUUGGUUUUACUUUUCAACUCUAUCUUUCCACAAGACCAGAAAACUUCUUAGGGGAGAAGGAAGUUUGGGACCAGGCAGAAAAGCAACUUCAAAACAGUCUGGAUGACUUUGGGGAGCCUUGGAAGCUAAAUCCCGGAGACGGAGCAUUUUAUGGUCCCAAGAUUGAUAUUAACAUCAGGGAUGCCAUUGGGCGCUACCAUCAGUGUGCUACGAUCCAGCUUGACUUCCAGCUGCCCCUCAGGUUUAAUCUCACAUAUGUAGGAAAAGACAGAGAUGACAAGAAGAGGCCGGUUAUAAUCCAUAGAGCUAUUCUGGGGUCGGUGGAACGAAUGAUUGCUAUUCUAGCAGAAAACUAUGGUGGAAAAUGGCCUUUCUGGCUCUCUCCCCGGCAGGUGAUGGUAGUUCCUGUUGGCACAGCCAGUGAAGAAUAUGCUCAGCAGGUGUGCAGUGACUUCUUUGAGGCUGGCUUCAUGGCAGACGUUGAUCUAGAUCAGAGCUGCACUUUGAACAAGAAGAUAAGAAAUGCUCAGCUGGCUCAGUAUAAUUUUAUUUUUGUGGUUGGAGAAAAGGAGAAAGCCGACCGCACGGUGAAUGUGCGCACGAGGGACAACAAGAUUCACGGGGAAGUUUCUGUCACAUCCGCCAUUGCAAAACUGAAGACGUUGAAGGCUCUGCACUCUUUACACGCAGAAGAGGAAUUCUAAUCCUUCCUCGUCUGUCUGAAACAUUUCUGUGUGGAAGCAAAUCCCAUGGAUUCACUGACCCUAGUUUCCCCUCUAAUAGGAUUGGUGUGGGAAAAGGGCAACGACCUGAUGUCAUGGGGCUUCAUCUUAGCAAAUUGGCUUCUCUACUCCACAAUUUAAUCUAGGAAAGCAUAUAUAGAUGCCGUUGCUGCUACUGACUAAUAAGGAGAGUAAGAAGUCCUUGAAAUAGAAUAUUUAUAGUCAUGUAGACAAAAGCAUUUUGAUCCUGUUUGAGCCGUCUUGUGCCACUCGCUUAAGUUAGAUACUUUAAUGUGUUUCAAUGCCUUGCCACCAGGUUUGGUUGCUGAAUGAGCCCAGCUUCCAGCAGAAUCCUUUGCCUUUGAAUGUCAAAUUCUGUACCGUUCUGGGGUCGGCAUCCAAGAGGAUCUGCCUCCCAAGUCCCUGGCCUGAGGCUUUUCAAUGGACUUUGGAGUAUAACAUGUAUGUUUCAUCCUCUCCUUUUUGAUCCAAUAAAAUAUCCACAAUCAAUCUCA